CGUGUCAGCAAAAUGUGCAGGUAGGUAACAUAUAUGAGUUAAAUAUAUUAAACUUUGGACUUUUUUAAUACUGAAACACUGAGAAAUUGAAGGAUAUGUAAGAAGUUGCUGCAACUGUCCCCACUGUCCUAUACAUGUUUCUAUGGUAACGCUCCUCCUGGGUCCGUCCACCUGGACCAAAACGGGCUCGUGUCCUGAUUGGAGGAGAGCCUCGCGAGGUUGCGCGUUUCCAUAAGUAAACGUUUGGAGCUCCAGUGUUAGUGUCAACAAACAAGUCCGCCAGCCUCACUUCGCCUCGACGCUUCUUUCACUUUCGUGUCAACUUUUCAAUGGAUCGCAAGCGGAGGCGACUCUGCCUCCUCGCAAGUCUCCUGGUCGUCCUUCUCAUUAUUAUCCUCGGCGUAGUGCUGGGAUUAACGCUGAAUCGGGACACGGAUCCAUUUAAGAGAACAUUUCUCGACAGGUGUGGGAAAUUCAAAGAAUACGACUGCCAGAACGUAUGGAGCAUAUUCGAGCAAGCCUACGUCAACAAGGACCCUUGCAAUGUUCCUCCAGAAGCCUACCACCCUCUCAUUGCAGCAGCCCCCAUCAUACCAGCGUGCAACAGAAUGAUGUUCUGGAGCAAAACGAAGGACGUGGUGCAUGAUUUUACUAAUAAGAGGGAUUGUUUCAUCACCAUGGAGGACACUCUGCUGGGAUCUGUCUUGGAUGGCCUCAGAUGGUGUGGGGAGGAGGGCAGCACCGAAACAUUCACCACCGACUGCCCGGGAUGGUCAGACUGCGUAAACAACCCUGUCCGGUCCUUUUGGAACUCAGUCUCAGCCGCUUUUGCCAAGGCGGCCUGUGGCCAAGUCACAACAAUGCUUAACGGAUCCAUCGACACGCCUUACAGUCCUUCGAGUGUUUUUGCAUCCAUCGAGGUGAAGAACUUAAACUCCACCACGGUGCAAAAAUUGAACGUUGUCCUGGUUAUACAGAAGAACGCUGUGACGAACUGCACCAAUGCAUCUUUAGAGAAUUUGAAGAAAGACCUGGGCGAAAUACAAUACGACUGCAAAGAAGUACCUGAGUCUCAGAUCCAAGAAUGUGCUUCUGAUCCAGAGAAACCCUGUGGAUCGUGCUGGUGAAAAUGUCACAUUGUUAUGUCAAGACACAACGCAGUUGGCCUAGUGUGACUAGACUGUAUUCUGAUCAGAAUAUGAGUCUGGCAACACACCAUUUGGAUUUGAUUACAGAUCUUUGUAGGAGUGUGAUUAGUUCCGAACGGAGCUACUCUGGAAGCCAUUUUGGCCUACAACACUGUAAAUAUAGUGUAAAUAUUUUUAUUCAUGUGGGCCAGUUUGACAUAACUGAUAAUUGAUGAUUGUGUCUUCUGCCUUUUUACAUUUUGACAGUUUUGUUUUUGUUUAAUGGGGAAUCUUUAAAUUUUUACUUGUGAUAAAUAUCAUGUAGUGUUGCUAUCUAUGUUAAGAUGAUGAUCUCAUUUCUAUUUGCUGACAGAUACUACCAUAUUUUUAAAUAAAAAUUUAUAAUGUCUAUGUCAAA